CGUUGCCCUUUGCCCUCUCACUCGAUUUCCUUCCCUUUCGUUUCUUGCUUCUAUUUUCUCGCGUUUUCGCCUCUCCCUCUCUCUCUCUUCCAACUCGGUCGACAGACUCCCUCUCCUUGGAUCGAAUUCCCCACCAGAAAAUUAUCCCCAACCAAUAAAAGUUUUUAAAUAGAAAAAAAAACCCAGAUUUUUAUUUCUCUUUUUGCCUUGUAAUUUCCACUCUUGCAAAACCUUCUCUUCUUCUUGUUAUAGUUCUUGUUCUUCUUCUUCCUUCUUCGAGGAUUCGAUCCCAAGAGACUUUGUUGGUGUUAUCUGUCAAUUGCGGUUGUGUUUCUGGGUAAAUGAAUUAGGGUUUUGUUCUUUCAAUUUGUGAUAAUAACUUCUUUCAUUUUAUUUGAUUAUCUCUAAUGCCCGUUUCUUUUUCUUACUCGAUCUAUCUUUUGUUUCUUUUAGUUCUUGUUCUGGUGUAAUCCAUUUAUUCCAAACCCUAAGAAAAAAAGAAGGAAAAAAAGGUUUAUUGGUUUAUUUUUUUAAUUGUAUAGAUUAAAAAAAGUUGUAUCAGUAGUACCCCUUUUCAAUUCCAUUCUAGUUGAUUUUAGGUUUCUUUGAACAGGAAACUCUGUGAAAUUUUUGGUUGCGUUGUUUUAGUUUGCUAUCCGAAAUUGAGGGUUUUCUUGUUAGAUCUCUCGUCUCCUUUUCUUCUCUUUUCCCCACUUUUGUUUUCCCUCCCUUUCCUUUCUAUUUUUUCUUACAGAAAUUCCCUUUCUUUUCCCUCUGAUAACUUUUUCCUGCUUGGAUUUGGCUUCGUUAAGACGAAAUUGGGGUUUAGGUUUUUACAUAGAAUGGCCUUGAAUUUUUCUCAUCGACCCCUUUUCCCAGGGCAUCUUCCUGAUGAAAAUUUGGUUUCACCAAUGAGGAUUGCGAAUGGGUACCUUGUGGAUGGUAUACAGGACAAGGUUGAGAAUUACUUUGAUUAUGGGAGGGAUAGGACCGAUAGGUGUGGCUCACAGGAGUCCGUGCAUAAAGACAUUCUUGAUCUUUUGCCAUCGGAUCCCUUUGGCAUGGACAUAAGCACUACGUUUACUGCGAUUACAGGUUGGCUUGAAGAUUUGGAGGUGGACUAUGGUGGGUAUGGUAGGGAUCAGGUUGCUACUAGUGAUGGGAAUUAUCAGUUGUUUGCUGGGUUGAAUUUUAUUUGGAAUAAUGCAAUGAGGUUCCAAGCAUUCCCUGAGAAUAUGGGGUUUGAUAAUGGCUUGACUGCAGUUGGACUUGGUGAUGGGUUUCUAGAGAAGGAAGUAGGGAAUGCAUCUGGCCAUGGUGCUUUUGGUUUGCCUUGUAUUGUGGAAGACAUUUUGAGCUUAGGGAAUGAAUUAAUUGCCAAUAAAGAUGCUGGUAUUGUCGAUAAGAGAAUUGGAGAAUCUCACGAGGGUAUUGGUGUUUGCUCUGAUGGAGAUGCAGGAUCUCCUCAUGCAGCCUUUGCUUUUGCUCUUGGUUAUCUUGGUGUGCGGGAUCUUCUUGUUGUUGAAAUGGUUUGCAAAUCAUUGCGAUCUACUGUUCGAAAUGACCCACUUUUAUGGAGGAGCAUUCACAUAGAUCAACCAUUGAAUGACAAGAUCACUGAUGAUGUUCUUUUGCAAUUAACUAAUGUGGCUCAAGGUAAUUUGCAAUGCCUGAGCCUGAUUGAGUGUCCAAGGAUUACUGAUGAUGGGUUGAAGCAUGUCCUUCAAAAUAACCCUAGGCUAAUCAAGCUGAGUGUGCCUGGAUGUACAAGACUCAGCAUUGAAGGCAUUGUAUCUAGCUUAAAGGCAUUUAAGACUAUGGGUACACAAGGAGUGAAGCAUUUAAGGAUUGGUGGGCUCUAUGGAGUGACACAGAAGCAUUUUGAAGAACUGAUGCUCUUGUUGGGCACCGAUAAGCACAUGCAGCAGAAUGCCCACAAACCACAUUUUUAUCACAGAGGAAACUUUUAUCUGUCUUGUGAGGAUGAUCGCACUAUUGAUAUUGAAGUGUGCCCAAGAUGCCAGAACCUGAGGUUAGUAUAUGAUUGCCCUGCAGAGGGUUGUCAGCAGAAAGAACAUUCCACUCAAGCAUGCAGGGCAUGCACACUUUGUAUCCUGCGGUGUGUUCAAUGUGGCCGGUGUAUUAAUGACAAUGAAUAUGUGGAAACAUUCUGCCUUGAGUUGCUUUGUUCAGAUUGUUGGAAGCAAGUCCAGAAAUGCCAGGAGAAGCAAGAUAGCAAGAUUAGUGCACCCAAGUCUCCUCCUCUUGGUGAAUCUAGCUGUAGUCUCCAUCUUCAUGGCUAGAGACAGAUGUCGGUUUGUUUCUUCUGGUUUCAUAUUAUCAUUGAGAUGUGCAUAAUUUGUUAUUUAGAAUCUAAGAAGAAAAUGUGAGGCAGCCAUCUAGGAUUACAGUUUCAUUUGAUUCUUGUUUUGCCUUCUGAGUAUGCUGACUGUCUCGGAUGAAUCUACUGGUGGGUUUCAAGAUGUUUUUGGGUUCAGAUCAGAUUGACUACCCAGAUUUAUUGUUUUGUGGAAAAAAUUUAUUGUUUUGUGGAAGAAAGGAGGGGGAAAAAAAAGAAAUAACAGAAAUAGAAAUAUAACAUAAAGCAAGAAGACUAUGAUUUUCGAGUCAUUUCGCUAGCUCUGCAAGAACUGCUCACAGUGAUGGAUCUUAUGUUCUGGUUUUUCUUUUAUUUGGCAUGUGGCCUAAUAGAAGUAUGAUGAAGAAUGCGUUCCUUUGCCUGUGAUGUGCAGAACUGGCACAUGAAUUUGCAUGGAAGUGGGGUCAGAUUUAUUCAGCAUCGGCCAUGAGAGGAGUUAUGUCAUUUAUGUCAUUAAUGAUGGAAAGUGACUCAUCUGGUGUGCAUGUUGUAAAUGAGAUCAUAUGCUGCUCCAUUGAAACAAGCAGUGAUUUAUUCUUGAUGUGAGUCUUAGCGUAUAAAAUCUUUAUUGCCUGAGGAGAUGGAGCGAUUAGUUUCCUGCUGUGAGGCGGAUCUUGUGCUGCAGGCCCCACUCAGACCAUUAUUGUUGAGGUGCAUAGUUUUGGAUGGAACCACUGUUUUGCCAGAGCUCUUUUAGCUGGCGAGUUGCGUAUACUUCCAGUGCUGGUAGAUUCCUUGUUUCAUUUGUGAUAUUGUUGUUGGCUCUUAGCUUGCUUUGUUUAAAGUAGGGGGAACAAUCUGUUUUACUUGCCACGGUGCCUUGUAACAUGCACUAGUAGUAUGAGGCUUUUAUUACGUGUCUUCCAUCCCAGAAGCUUUAUGGGCUCCAUUAUGGGCGCCAGAUGUACUUCUUUAUAAAAAUAAAUAAAAAAAUAAUAAUAAAAUCUGAAUAUUUUGAA